UAACAAAAACCCAUGGCUUCUUCUUACACACUUAUGCUCUUCCUUUGCCUCUCCAUCUUCCUUAUCGCUUCCACUGAGAUGAUGGCGGUGGAAGGAAGAAUUUGCGAGAGGCGAAGCAAGACAUGGACAGGGUUUUGUGGCAACACUCGUGGCUGUGACAGUCAGUGUAAGAGUUGGGAACGUGCUUCACACGGGGCUUGUCACGCUCAGUUCCCGGGUUUCGCAUGUUUCUGCUACUUCAGUUGCUGAAGCAAGCAUACUCCUUAAGAGUUGUGUGAAUCUUCUUCAAGUGUCACUGUUUUAUCUUGUAGCAAAUCCUAGUCCCUAUAUGGCAAAACCAUAACCUUUACUUUAGCUUGUGUUCAGUAAUAAAAAAAAUUCCCCUUU